AUGUCGAUCCCACCAAAGGAGGGGGUGGAUCCCAGUCAAGAGGAUGAUACAUUAUCAAGGCUGCAAUUACUUGCACAACAACGACGCACCAUGGAGAAAUUUUGGAGCUGGACCCAUGAACAGAUCGAGGAAUCUUCAGGUGGCCAGGAGCUUAUUCUGCCUAUUGCUCGUGUGAAGAAUGUCAUUCACGCGGAGGAGGGCGGUAUGAUGUUAUCUGCUGACACACCAGCUUUUGUGACAAAACUUUGCGAGAUUUUUGUCCAGGAGCUCAUCCUCCGCGCUUGGCUUUGUGCUGACUCCCACAAUCGUGAAAUCAUUCUUGGCACAGAUAUUGUUGAGGCAAUCACAACCACAGAAUCUUAUCACUUCCUUGGUAAUGUACUCCGUAGCCACCAGGCACUAGUAAGUAUCAUACCUGAUACAGACGUUUCCGAUAGGAAGCGCCAUAAGCUAAAUGAAAUGAGCUCGAUUUGCCCUUCUCCCCAAGAAGUGCAGGUCCCAUAUUUAGCAAUGUAUCUACCCCAAGUUCUUGGCUGUCCUAUAGGUCAAAUGGGUACUCACCAUACACCACCUCCAUCUGAGUUCAUGAUGCAAAGGGAAUAUCUUCUCAAGGCCAAUAACGAAAAAUCCCCACUGGUGGUAACCAUGAACGGCUCUGAUGUACUUGCUAGUGGUGGUGGUGCUAGUAGUGAUGUUUCUAUUGAUACCAAGCAAGGAGAAACUGCACAACCUUUCUCUAUCCAGUAUACGGGACAUGGUCAUAGUUCUUCUGUCCCUUGUGAUGAAAAUAUAAAGCAGCUACGUCAGGAGGAGCAAAAUGUUGAUCAAGAUGCUGUUGUUGGUGAAGAUAUUCUGCCCAAUAAGUCUUUGGAGGGAAGUCAUAUGGAUGUGGACAUGGUUUUUCCUGAUAAAGAUAUUCCUCAGUGA